AUGGCAAAGAAAAGUAAGAAGCGAGCUAUAAAACAAGCAAGAGAUAAAGGUGAUAGUGGUAGUCAAUCACAAAUUACACCUUCAUCAUCUGAGUCACCAACUAAUGAAGCACUUGCUUCUUCUAAUAGUGUGAUUAAUGGGGGUAGCGAAGGAUCUACUGUACAAAAGAAAAGAGGUCGGGGAAAGGCUAAGGGUGUUUAUCCAGGUCAUAACCGCAAGUGUGAGAUACAUGACAGAAGAUUCAUAGAAAAGAAAAUACCCCAAGAGAUUACUAUUAAGUUCCACCAAAACAUUACUGGGCCAUGGACAACUUUUUCAGAAUACCCUAAAGAACAACUGAAUAUGCUUUAUGAGUUAUACAAAGAAGCAAAAUUUGAGACAAAUGACUUAGUUCUUGAGAGGGAGGUAUUUGAUGAGCAUGUCAAACGACGCUAUCCUGAUUGGAUGUGGCACCUUAGGAAACACUGUGUAACAAAUAAAAUUCCUCAAAAAGAAUGGUACAAGCAUCCCCAUGAUGAUGUAACUCCAACUAUUUGGAAAGAGAUGUGCAACAAAUGGAAUAAUGGCAAGUGGCAGGAAAAGAGUGAUAGAAACAAAAGAAAUCGCAAAGAAAAUCAAGCUAUCAUUGCGACUACAGGUUCUGUACCAAUGGCUAAGCGUAGAAAAGAAUUGGAGGAGAAGAAUGGAUGUGAACCAAGUCCAAUCGAAUGUUUUAGGUCGAUGCAUAUGAAAAAGGAUGGUGUUACUUUUGCCAGUGAAAAAGCACAAAAAUUAUAUGAAAAAAUGGAUGCAAGGAAAUCAGAGGUUGCAUCUCAAGGUGAGAUUGUUAAUGAUAGUCAAAUAUUCUUUGAAGUGACUGGACCUCCUACUCGUGGUCGUGUGCUUGGCAUGGGUGUUGGUGUCAAGCCUAGAGAUGUGUAUGGCCCAAGUUCAUCUAGCCAGUGUAGAGAAAUCAAUCAAUUGAAAGAGGAAAUGCCUAGUAUGAUAAGGUUUGCUUUGGAAAAGAUGGGCUUUAAUUCUAUGCAAGAACCUGCUACACAGAUCAAUGCUGGAGAAGGAAAUCAAAAUGUGGACGAAAAUACAGAAGAUGACUCUGAGGAGGAAGAUGACUCUGAAGAAGAAGAUGACUCCGAUGGCUCUCAGAAGGAGAACACUGACUCAGAUGAUGAUUGA